AGCAAAAAUUUAUCAGUUAAUCAUUCGAACGCUUUCAGGCGUAACCUUUUCUUUUAGCAGUCUAUGAUCAAAGGUUAAAGACGACGAAAAAACAUUACAAUAUGUUUUCAAAAUCCAUGCUUUCUAUUGCUUUUGUAUUGGCUGGUUUUUCACUAUGCGUUGAGAGUGGUGGUUCCAAUAUCAGACCCAUCGAUUAUUCUCUAGGUGCCCUAAUCGCCCGCAAUGAAGACUCUUCUGAAUGUUUUAACGAAUUCUCAAUCAAACAGGGGAAUUGUGUUGAAAGCUUGGGACGAGAUCGGAAACAGUGCGCAGAUUCUCUAAUCAAGGCUAAUAAUAGAGUGAAUGAUGAUUUGAAAAAGUUCGCUUAUAAAAUAGCAAAAAUACCGAACGAUAUUUGUGUUCAUAUAGAUGAUGAUUGCAGGAAUAAAUUAGUAGAGGACGGAGAUAUUGUUGCAGCUUUGACUUGUUAUGAGGAAUUGUUCAAGGAGCGAAUUCGAAUCUUAGAAAUGGCACAAGAUUGUAAAUUGAAAAGAAUUAAUGUUAACAAUGAGAGACAUAUGAUAUUGGCAACUAAGAAAAACUGCACUAACAAUGCUGACUAUAAGUAUUUGGAAGAAUCUGAUGAUCUUUUUAGAACUUUGAUAACAACCUGCGACAAUUCUCCAUCGGAUAGUUCAACUACUCUUUCAACUACUAUCCAAACUACUCAGAACUUCACACAAUCCCCUAUUAGAUCAACUACUCCAAGAAUUCCUGAAAGAACUUCGACAACAGAAGCUGCAUCGGCUUCAACGGAAGAAAAUUCAUCAGAAGAAGAUUGGGAAACCAAGUCCACUACCAGAAGAAACCGAUUCCCAUGGGACAAUGAGCCCACAACCAAGAGAGGUCGGUUCCCAUGGAAUUAGAUAUAAAUACAAAAAUCUAUAGAAAGCAGGAAUCUGUCUUUGAUUCAACAUUUGGAAACAUUAAAAAAAAUAGAAUGUCUUUAAAAUUGCAUUGAAAAUUUAACUUACAAAAAAUAUGUUAAACUAUAAAUAAUAAAACUACUUUCAUUAAUCCUGAUGGCAAUUAA